UUGUGCCUCCUCCCCCAACUUCCCCUGCUCCUCUGCCCUGCUCCGCCAUGGUCGCCGUAGCCCUCCACGCCCUAAGCUCAAAACCUUCCUACGCCACCUCCCAUGGCGUUCUCCGGCGAACUCCACCUCCUCUUCUGGGAAGCCGCUUCGGAUUCUCCACCAAGUUCGUCGUCCCCCUUGCUCCUUCACCGCUCCGCGGAGAACACCUCCCGCUUCUGCGGCCUUUAAUGGCCGCAGGAGGAUCCGAUCGGGUAUAUGAUAGUGGAAAUAAUCAGCCUGAGGCCUCAGAAACUCUGAAGGUCUUUGAGUGGGGAAGAUCAUUAUUGAGUUUUGUAUCAAGCAAUUUCCUUCCUCUAGCUCUUGUGGGCGGAAUAAUUUUUGGACUAGCAAACCCAACACUCGGUUGUCUUGCUCACAAAUACUCUCUGUCAAAAUUCAGCACCAUUGGGAUUUUCUUUCUAUCAGGGCUCAUGUUGCGAACUGCAGAACUUGGUGCAGCUAUCGAAGCCUGGCCUGCAGGACUCUUUGGGCUUGGUUCAAUUCUACUGUUGACUCCUUUUUUUUCAAGGAUAAUCUUGCAAAUUCAGUUGGUACCUCAUGAAUUCGUCACCGGGGUUGCUAUCUUUUGCUGUAUGCCAACAACAUUAUCAAGUGGAGUCGCCUUAACAAUGCUUGCUCGGGGUAAUUCUGCUCUUGCUCUUGCAAUGACUGUUAUAUCCAACUUGUUGGGGAUUAUGAUUGUGCCGCUUUCCCUCUCAAUGUUCAUUGGUGCUGGAGCUGGGGUGUCCGUGCCUACAAUGCCACUAUUUAAGAGUCUCGUCAACACUCUUCUGAUCCCCCUCAUUCUAGGAAAGGUUGUUCGAGAAACCUUAAAAGGUGUAGCAGAGUUCGCUGAUCAAAACCGGCGUGCUUUUUCGAUGAUAAGCGCCAUACUGCUUAGCCUAGUUCCAUGGAUACAAGUAAGCAGAUCAAGAUCACUUUUCUUAACAGUUAAGCCACAAGCUUUUGCUGUUGCUAUUGCUAUGGGAAUAAUUCUACAUCUCGUUCUGUUGGCUCUGAAUGCCAUAGCAGUGCAGAUACUAUCACUAGUCUCCGGAGGUAGAGAAUCAGUCUAUGCAAAGAAAGAAAAUGCUCGUGCUGUCAUAGUAGUUGCUAGUCAGAAAACACUGCCUGUGAUGGUCGCUGUUGUGGAGCAGCUUGGAGGAGCACUCGGUGAAUCUGGACUGUUAAUUCUCCCAUGUGUUGCUUCUCACAUUAACCAGAUCAUUAUCGACUCUUUUUUGGUAAAUUGGUGGCUUCAGAAAGAUCAACGGCACAAUGAAGCCAAACAAGUAUAAGAGUCCUCAACUACCCAGUCGCCGAUUCGCGCAAAGUCCUACAUGCUGAUGUCUCGAUAAGAAGAUUUUUCGCCCCGAGACGUAUCUCUUAAAGCUUGGUGUACGAAAGUAACAACGCAGAUAUCACAACGGAGCUGCAGCAUAAUGAUGUAUUGGGUACAUUUCUUUUACUCUUAAAACUCUGAAUAUAGACUAAAUUGAAACGUAUGUUGCUUUCACCUCUUUAAAACGUGAAGAGUAUUCCAUUUCUUUGAAUUCUGAUAAAUUGAAUCAGUAAGAACUUGUAGCAGGUUCUUUCUUUUGUCUCCUUAAUUUUUUGGCUUCUCUCUUGAACUGACGCAAGAGCGUAACAAAUGGUCAAUGCAACUCUCCGUCGGUAACUACUACCAAUUACAAGAAACUCAAAACUUUUUCAGAAUUUGGAAUCAUCUAAAUUCUCGGAAAAUCCAUCGGGAUGAUGUGGCGUUUCUGCUGACACGCUAUUCUGUACAGGAAUUUUGAUGUUGCCGCAUCAGAGGGGAGGGAUUCUACACCGUCGUACUUGCACCACAUCAUCAAUAACAAGUCAAUCAUUUUUUUUUUUUUCAAACAAAAAUAUAAUAAAAAUAUUUUUUUUAUGAUCAUGAUGGGACAUACAUUUUUGAAAGGAGGUAUUUGAUUGAUUUGUUACGCCACGUCACCGAGACACACGUGUUGCCUUUUAGAAUUUUUCAUCAAGGGAUCCUUUUCCUUUCA